GUUCAGCUUUGGCUAGCUACUCUGCUAGUUAGCAGCUAGCGAAGAUUUGAAUGAAACUUUAAGGUUCGGUCGUGCUUAAAGGGUCAAAUUCUCACUGACAUUAGAAAACUUGUUAAAUCAACAAUGAGCAAGAGAAAGGCGCCACAGGAAUCUCUAAACGAGGGAAUAACAGACUUUCUUGUCGAGCUGGCCAAUUACGAGAAAAAUGUCAACAGGGCAAUUCAUAAGUACAACGCUUACAGGAAAGCAGCAUCUACCAUUGCCAAAUACCCCACCAAAAUCAAAAGCGGAGAAGAGGCCAAGAAACUGGAAGGUGUUGGAGCUAAAAUAGCAGAAAAGAUUGAUGAGUUUCUACAAACAGGCAAACUACGAAAACUAGAAAAGAUUCGAAGUGAUGACACAAGCUCUUCCAUUAACUUCCUCACAAGGGUCACUGGAAUUGGCCCUGCUGCUGCAAGGAAGUUUUUUGAAGAAGGAGUGAAGACUUUAGAAGAUCUGAAAAAGAUUGAACAUAAACUAAAUCAUCAUCAACAGAUUGGACUCAGGUACUUUGAGGAAUUUGAGAAAAGGAUCCCUCGAGCUGAAAUGGAAAAGAUGGAGGCAUUGAUUCUAGAAGAGCUGGAGAAAAUUGAUCCAGAAUAUAUUGGAACGAUCUGUGGAAGCUACAGGAGAGGUGCUGCAUCAAGUGGUGAUAUUGAUAUUUUGCUGACUCACCCAAACUACACCUCUGAGACUGAGAAACAGCCUAAGCUCCUCCACAGAGUGGUCGACCACUUGGAGUCCAUUGAGUUUGUGACCGACACACUGUCUAAAGGAGACACUAAGUUCAUGGGAGUCUGCCAGCUGCAGCAGAGUGAUGAGGACGAAGAAGAAUACCUUCACAGGCGUAUUGAUAUCAGGUUAAUUCCCAAGGACCAGUACUACUGUGGGGUUCUGUAUUUCACUGGAAGUGAUAUCUUCAAUAAAAACAUGAGAGCUCAUGCUCUGGAGAAGGGCUUUACUCUCAAUGAGUACACCAUUCGACCACUCGGCGUCACUGGUGUGGCAGGGGAGCCUUUGCCUGUGGAUAGCGAGAGAGACAUCUUUGAAUACAUCCACUAUAAAUACAGGGAGCCAAAGGACCGCAGCGAGUGAUUCAAAUUACAGCUUACACUUUUUCAAUCCCUUUGUCUUUGAAGCUACAAACAAGAUGGAAUGCAAGUUUAACAAAUGUGUGUUAAUGCUUCACUCUUUUAAUCGCCAUGAAAGUAUGCUAUUGAAAAAAAAGAACUGUGAAAGUCAUUUUAAUCCUUGGUACUGGGCAGAAAAAAACUUUUCAUAUGGUUGUUAAAAUAAGAUUUUACUUUGAAUGUCAAUCUCUAUCAGUCAGGUAUCUGUUUUAAGGCCUUUUGUCUCAUUUUUAAAGUUGUAAAUCAUGUUGUACACUGAUUUAUUUUAUUCAACACUUUGACUUUUAACUCUACAUAUACCAUAAAGGAUUCUUGCAUAGCUAAUGAUAAAUUAUAUUAAACUAGAAAGGCUUCAGAUACAGUUGUUGCUCUUCAUAAAGAAUAGUGAUCAUCACUAUCAUCACAGCAUUUAAACACUGGUGCCAUUAAGACUUAGCCUUAGACAAGUCAUGCAAGGAUGCAAGGAAAAACUUGUUAGACUAUAAAACAGUAUCACUGAAAUAUCUUGUAUUUAAUUUUGUUGUUUUUUUCACUGCUGAAGUUAAAGAAUGUGUUCAAAUUUUGCUAAAAUAGAAAAAGUAGGAACACUGAUACAAAAUGUGUUUUUUGUUGGUUAUUUGAUUAUAGACAAGUAUUUGGCAUGGGGUCUUUUUUUAAUGCGGAUAUUCAUUCACCGUGGUUAUUGAUUGAAUGGAGCUGAUUUGGUGUGAAUCUAUUAAGAACUAUAACAUUUGUUAGCUCAGAGCAUUACUCAAAUAUGUCAGAAAUGUAGUAAUUGGGAGAUAAAGCUAUAAAGUACCAAGGUAACUGAAAACCUGCUAAAGUGUGCCUUGGUCAAGAACUUUUGCUUUAAUAAAAUGCCUACAGUUUGGCCCAAUUUAAAGCCAUAAUCUGAAACAUAGGUUCUUCUCCAUUCUGUAGCAGGAUAUCAGUUACUUGGCUACUUUAUCACUUUAUCCACAACUUUCAAAUUCAAGAUCGAUUGUAAAUAAUUUAAAACAUUUAGGGUAUUUUUUUUUUUUUUUACCAAAAACAAGGAUCAAAUAAUCUUAGGGAGUUCCUAAGCUGUUACAUUUUUGGUGUAUGAGUGAAAU